UUGUGGCAGAGAGCCUUUUGCUUUUUCCCCACACGCUUCAAGUGUCAGUUCAGACGACAGAAAGAUCUCCCGAUGGCCACCUUCCUUCUUCCUAUUAAAUUUCGCGAAGAUGGUGGAAUCCUUUGCUUAGGGACCAUAGGAUGAAGUGCCCGUCGGUUUCCUCUGCUACCAGCGGCGUCAGACCCACAUCAUCCCCGCAAUUCUCUGUUCAGGGAUGCAUCAGAUUUCUUAGUCACGGAGAUAAGCCGCCAUUUGCACUAGAUUUCAAGGACCCAUCUCAGUAUAGGGGCUGUUCCUCAAGAUUUGGAGAGUACCCACGUAACGUCCUUGGAAGAAAGAGCACGGGUUGUAAGGUAUGUUCACAGGCAACCAAGUCUGGCAAGGUCUCCGGGGAAGGGCAUCUGCUGAGGGACAGGGUCAGUGGCAUUGAUGCCAUCGAUGGUCCUGAUCAUGAUGAUGGUGAUCCCGUAGGUGGUCUUGAUCAUGAUGAUGGUGAUCACAUAGGUGGUUAUGGUGGGUUUGAUGAAUUGGCCUGUUUCAGGGGGUUGGUGCUGGAUGUUUCAUACAGGCCCAUUAAUGUUGUAUGCUGGAGACGUGCCAUUUGUUUGGAAUUCAUGGAAAAGCAGGCUGAUGUGUUGGAGUACUAUGAUCAAACAAUCUCUUCUCCAAGUGGUUCCUUUUACAUACCCGCUGUUCUAAGAGUUCCAAAUUUACUUCAGGUUGUCAAGAGGAGAAGGGUCCAAAAACACCUUAGCCGGAAAAAUAUUUUCUUUCGUGAUGGUUUCACUUGUCAGUAUUGUUCUUCCCGUGACAAUUUGACAAUUGAUCAUGUUUUGCCAAUAUCACGUGGUGGGCAGUGGACAUGGGAAAACUUGGUUACAGCUUGUGCGAAGUGCAACUCUAGGAAAGGGAAGAAAACUGUAGAAGAGGCCGGCAUGAAACUGAACAGAAUUCCUAAGGCACCCAAGAACUUCGAUAUUCAUUCUAUACCUCUGACAGCUUCUGCCCUGAAGGUGCUGAAAAUGCGAAAAGGAUUUCCAGAUGAGUGGCGCCAGUAUCUGGCUCAGCCAUCUGCAGAACCAUGAAAUGAACAUGGCAAACGAAUGCUAAGGUGAAAUGGCAAUCGAAUGCUAAGGUGAAAUGUUGCAGGCGUGAAAGCAUCCUGUACAUCUCCAAAUUGUUGGCCAUUAAUAUGAUGAUCAAAUUAAGCGUGGGGGACUUUGGCCUUCUACCUUACGCAUGGCUAUUCACGUUAUCCUGUGUAUAUACAUAAACUUGUCAUCUCCAUUGUACAUUCUGUAAUUUGUGCAUAUGAUUACUGCAAUUAAUAAUCUCUAUUAUUGGAA